AUGACCCACGAAAAGUCUGCGUCCUUUAUCUCUGUUGAGUCCUCUGAGAUGGACAUUACUGGAAAGAAAUCCAAGAUCCCCUGCACUGUCCACGGCCCUUCCCAGACUCCACACCUUGACCACGAACUCCAGCAGCCCUACGCACAGGAUAUAAUACACACUUUGACUGCCGCUCUCAACGACCUCACAGAUGAGAAUAAGUGUGCGAAAUGCACGGUUGAGAAGUUUUCUGUUCUUCUAACCGGCCAUGUGCGCGAGAUCCGAGCCGCGAAGAAGAAUGGGCAGUGGUCGAAGGAGGAAAGGAAGGCAAUGAAGGCUGAAGUGAAGAGCACCUACAAACCAGUAAAGAAAGCUGUAAAGGCUCUGUGGAAAGAGAGGAAGCAACAGAAAUAG